AUGCCUUACCGCGAUCAUGACAUGCUCGUCAUUGAGCUCGGCUCACAUACCUGCAGAGCUACAUUGUCUCUAGCGGAAUCUCUCGCACCGCCGCAACACCGCUUCCCUACGCGUGUCGGUGUCCUUCCCUCUGGCGACUACAUUUGUAGCAACGACCUCGAGGAUGCGACUAGUUCCACUGAAGCUGAAUCACUGAAUAUCAUUCGGCCGCUUGUUGCUGGAAAAGUGGCGGAUUGGAAAGCUUUGGUUGCCUUGUUGAGCCAUAUCCUGUACACCUUGACGGGCAAAGAGCCCAUCCUACAACCUGUCGGCAAUCCAGUCCUCGUCAUGUGUCCACCAUGCUGGAGUCCGACCGAGAGGGAAAGACUGACGCAGCUCUUCUUUCAAACAUUCAGGGUGCAGGCGUUCAUGGCUGCUGACCCUGCUGUUGCUUCGCUAUUUGCGUGUUCCUCGCUCUCAGGGCUCGUCAUUGACAUUGGCCAUGAAAAGACGGAUGUAACGGGUGUCUUCGAGUCAAUCAUUUCUCAUCCUUCAAGGCAGACAGUUUCACAGCUCGGUGGACGGCAAAUCACAGAACAUUUGCUAUCUCUGCUACGAGCAUCGCCGCCGCUCGACCAAGCAACACAGCAAUCUCUCUCUGCGAGCGAAAUCACACUUGAGCUUGCAGAGGAGAUCAAGUGCUCUGAUAUCUGUGAGGUACCCCUCGGUAAUAUACAGCAACCUGCUGCAACAAAAGGAGCAACAGAAGACGAAGGUGUUCUGGAUAUCGCAGCUGUUGUUGCAUCUGGCAAGACGCGCGAAUACCUGGCACGCGCUGAAGCAGAGAAACGCAAUGAGGGUGGCAAGAAGCAGCAAGUCAUCCCUAAUGCGCAACUGUCACACAAUACGCUUCUCCUGAAAAGUGGCCGCACGAUUGUUGUGGAUGGUGCACGUUUCAAAGCAGCAGAGAGGGUGUUGAGUUCCAAUGAGCUGGCAGAGGCAAUCUGGUCCACCGUCAAUCACCCAACCAUCGAAGCAAGUCGGCGACAUGAACUCUGGGAAAACAUUGUCAUUGUUGGUCUCGGUGCGCGCAUUUCUGGGCUCAGAGAAGCAUUACUCAUGCGCCUGCAAGAUCGCUUUGCAAGUACCGGUCAAUUGGGCGCUGCCCCUGUUGCUAUCUAUGACCCCUACGGACAAGCACAAGCGCCAACAAUUGGAGCCUACCCGACGAUUCUACGUGCCAUCAAAAUCCCUGUCCACUUUCCGGAAUGGAAUAUACGUGAAGCAGAUAUCGCAACAGGCAAUGCAUCGAGCAAAGGCGUCCCGGAGGAAGCGACCUUUUUGGGUGCUCAAAUCAUUGCACACAUUGCCUUUACGGAUACAUCGCAUUCUUCCAUUGCAAGCAGAAACUACCUCGAUCGGUCCAUGUAUACCGAACUAGGGCCCUGUGCCAUUCACUCAAUAUAG